AUGUCCGAGCAAAAGAAUAAGACAGAGGCUACAGUGCCUGUGGGGCAGUUUGUCCGGAGAAAAGGCACAAUUAGAAAAGGUGUUCUACCAGAGGUGAUCAAUACACCGAAGUUACCUGUAGACCUGCACGAAGUGACCGUGUUGUCCACAUCAGACUGGAAGAGAAUCCAGGACAGUGUGAAUCGUGUGAAAGAAGAGCAGGAUCGUCUUGAUGCAGCUGCGAGAGAGCGAGAGGCCUUGCACCUGCGCUCCAAAGAAGUGGUCAAAAACUGGCCUGACUCCCUAGCUGCACAGCGGCAAAAGAGGUUAGAAUCAAGGAGAAUUAGAAAGGAAAUUGAAGAGGAGAAGAGGAAGCAGCUCGACUUGGAGGAAGCAAAGUUUCAAGCGAUGAAAAGAAAGGAAGCAAUAGAGAGGGCCAAAACCCUGCAGUUCCUCCAGACAGACAGAGUGAAAAGAUUUCAUAGUGCUCUGCGGAUGACUGAAGUCCUGAAGGAGAGGGAGGCUCAGAUUGAGCUGAAAAUAAGAAAAGAAAUAGAGGCUAAAAAAGAAAAAGACGAGAUGUCGGCCAAGAUUAGACGAAACACGGAGCUGGCUUUACAGGAGCAGCGAGAGAAAGCUGAGGAGAGGAAGCAGAAGCGCCUGGCUCAUGCUGAGUUUUUGAAACAACAGGUUAAGGAGCGUGACCAGGCAAGAGAGAAGGAGAUGAUGGAAAAGAAGAAAAAGGAAGAAGAACUCAAGCAUUUCCAAAAGCUUUAUGAAAUGGAACAAACCAUGCUCAAGCAGAAGAAGCAAGAGGAGAAGAGAAAGAACAAGAAGGCUUUUCAAGAAGAGUUUGCCAAUAGGAAAAUCUUCCAAGCGUCUAAGGCCAAGAAACAGGAGAUGGAAGAAGAGAAACGGAAGCUUGUUGUUGAGGCCAAAGACAAACAGAUGAAACUUAGGAAGGAGAAAGAGGCAGAGAUGUUCAGAGAGUUUCAGAGACCCAGGGAAAUUGUUGCAGACAGACUGGCAGAAUUUCUCGCGGCACAAAGCGACGAUGAGGAUGAGGUGAUCUCCAGGGCAGCUGCAGAAGCUGUGGCCAAGAAGGAUAAAGAACAGCGUGAGAAGGAGAAGAAGAAGGCUGCUGUGUUGAGGAGUAUUGCUGAACACAGAGAAGCUGUGCAUAAAGAGCUGAAGUGCAGGAAGCAGAAGGAGAAGCAGGAGGCUGCUGAGAUGCUUAAAGCAAACAAAGCAGCAGAUCUCCUCUACCAUCAAACUCAGAAAAUCAAGGCCCAGAAAAAGAAAGAGGCAGUCAAACUGCUACAAGACUCAUAUGUCCAUCAGAUGAAUGAGAAGCAUGCGAAGAAGCAGCUCAGGGAAAAACAGAAGCUGGAAUGUAAAGUGAGGAAUGCACAGCUUAUUGCAGAGGAAGAGAAGCAGUUUCAGACUUAUGCCAAGGAUGUGACACAGACAGCUAGGAAGGGUCAGAGGAACACCUCCAUCCUGCACAAGGCCUCAAAGGUGGGCAUUGGUGGAGGACGCGGACCUGUGUUUGGAGUCAUUAGACCGAGUUACCAAGUGCAGGAUAAAUCAGGAGUUCAGCUGCCCAGUUAUGUGCGCAGAAAGAAGCUGGAUGUGACUACCUACAUGCAGGAGUCUAGAAAGCGGCUGGGAUUUACUAGAUGA